CUGGCAACACCGACCACCCGAAUACCAACUGAGUCUGUUCCUGCGAUCAAUUGAAUUUCCGCCAUGGCUUCUCGGGUUCUGCGCAUAGGCCUCAUCCCCGGCGACGGCAUCGGCAAGGAGGUCAUUCCCGCAGGCCGCCGAAUCCUUGAGGCCCUCCCCGCCUCCCUCGGCCUCAAGUUCGAGUUCACUGACCUCCAUGCCGGCUUCGAAACUUUCGAGAAGACGGGAGCCGCCCUCCCCGACAAGACAGUCGAAAUCCUCAAGACUGAGUGUGACGGCGCUCUCUUUGGUGCCGUCUCCUCGCCCAGCACCGCCGUCAAGGGAUACAGCUCCCCCAUUGUAGCUCUCCGCAAGAAGCUCGACCUUUACGCAAAUGUCCGCCCCGUCAAGACCGUCAUGACCGCCAAGAACCCUAUUGAUAUGGUCAUUGUUCGCGAGAACACUGAGGACCUCUACGUCAAAGAGGAAACCACCCGCGAUGGCCCCGAAGGCAAGGUCGCGGAGGCAAUCAAGCGUAUCUCUGAGAAGGCCUCCUUCCGGAUCGCCACCAUGGCCGGCGAGAUCGCUCUGCGCCGUCAGAAGAUUCGCGAUUCAGGCGCCGCCAGCAUCCAUAAGAGCCCACUUGUCACCAUCACCCACAAGUCCAAUGUCCUCUCUCAGACCGAUGGUCUCUUUCGCUCAACCUCCCGCGCUGCGCUCGCCGCUUCGCAAUUUGCUGGCAAGGUCGAUGUGGAGGAGCAAAUCGUCGACUCCAUGGUCUACAAACUCUUCCGCCAGCCCGAGGCUUACGACGUCAUUGUCGCCCCCAACUUGUAUGGCGACAUUCUCUCAGAUGGCGCUGCCGCUCUUGUAGGCUCUCUUGGCCUUGUACCAUCGGCCAACGUCGGCGAGGGCUUUGCGAUUGGUGAGCCCUGCCACGGCUCCGCGCCUGACAUCAUGGGUCAAGGCAUCGCCAACCCCAUCGCCACCCUGCGCAGCACUGCGCUUAUGCUCGAGUUUCUGAAUGAGGAGGAGGCUGCUGCCAAGAUCUAUGCCGCCGUCGACGCCAACCUUGAAGAGGGCAAGCUACUGAGUCCCGACCUGGGCGGGUCGGCAAAGACCGAGGAGGUCGUUGCAGAUAUCCUACGCAGACUAUAAGGGGAUGAUAAGGAACGUACUGGGAUGCUAGACGUGCAAUGCGAUCUUGAGAUCUGAAAAUCACAGAAUAGACAAACUCGUAGGCCAUCUGUAUUGUCAUCCAUGUCAUGAACGACACAUGCGCUUGCUUCGAAGUGCUGCGUGCUUACCAUGGUGACUCCCGCAAGUUCAGACCACGCUCCCACGAGCCACACGCUCUUCUCACUCGGUAUAAAGUGAACUUAUUCACCUGUCGACUUGAACGGUGGGGAGUGUUGGGGAAGUCAUGACAUUUUGGUU